GUCAACUAUUCAACCUUCAAGGUUUCACCGGUAUUUCGGAAUUACGAAGGUCUGAGCUGCGCAUUUCAUUUCACUGAAAUGAACUCUAUCAUCUUUGAUGAUGUGGCCAGUUCCAUAUUUAGGCUUAAAAUGUAUCCAUAUUUUGAUAUCGCCAACUAUAUUUUAAUGAGUAUAGCUGUAAAAGAAGACACCCCACAAUCAGGUUUUUUGCCGUUUGAUUUUUUUAACUUACUAGGUUCUGUGAGUUUUUCGCGACGUCAUCCAUUUUCGUGCUGGCUCGCUACUAUGUUAAUGUGUUUCGGUGGAGCUAUACUCUCAAACUUCAUCUGUGGAUCGCCUUUGUUUGAGUGUUUCGAUGACACAACAUCAGUGUUAACUGCAACUAUAGUAUGGUAUCUCAUCAAUUAUCUUCCAUUUGACCUUCUUUAUCGGCUUUGUAAGGUGUUGCCUGUACGCUUGCUGGUUUGCUCACUAAAAGAAGUCCAGAGAGCCAAAAAGAUCUUCAUUGGCGUUCAUCACGGGCUUCAUAUGUUCCCCAAUUCCCCUGUGAUGUGUGUUCUCCUAGGUUUAUUAAAAGGUGCAGGCUAUUGUGAGAUGAAACUAAUACAGCGUCUUGUUCGUGGUGUGUGGCUACCAGCGUCUAAUGAAUUUCUCCACCCCACUUUCACAACAAAAAUCUCGUUGCUGGCAGCUAUGGCAUACUAUAGUCAUCACUUGGAGUUAAUACCUUUACCGGAAAACCAAUUAUUCUUGGUUAUAAUGGGUUUAUUUGUUUAUCUUCGAAUUACAAUGAUCCUACUAGGAUUGAAGGACCCCUUUGUGCCUUUUGAGAAUGCUGUAUGUAAAAUCAUGUUUGGUGGCACUGUUGACGCUAUUCGCAGUGCUUUUGAACGCAGUCGUAGUAAACCAUCUGAAACUGUUCCACCUAAUCUAUCAAGUGUUAGUGGAACAACCAGUUCGACCGCAACAAUGAAUAUGCCUGGAAGUGCGAACUUUUCUUCAACUGGUGCGGGUACAGGACAGACUAGUCCAGGUUUAGCCAACAGUAAUGCGAACAGUGCAAAUUCAUCGGGGAUGAGGGAAGCGGUCAGUCGUCAAACUCCAUCACCAAGUGACAAGAAACGUGACUGAUGCGUGUACUUAAGAUAACUACUAAUAGAACUACAUUGACCUUAUAAUUUAUUGGUCAAAAUUCAACCAUUCUCCUUUUAUGGAAAUAUUGUAAUGUAUUCCAGAAAUUAUGCCGUAGUUGGCAUAUUAUGUAUAUUAGAAAUCUGUAUCAGUGUCUGCCUGCUUCGUCAUGUGAGAAUCGAUAUUUGCUGAAUAAAAAAAUAGGCAGUCAGUCUACUUUUAUUAAACGACACGCUUGUAACUGAUUGAAUAUAUAUAUAUAUAUAUAUAUAUAUAUAUAUUAUAUAUAUAUAUAUCUUAUGUCAAACUGGUUUUAUGAUUGCUUUUGAAACAAUGCAUGGAAAGGUUGGCUGUUGUCUUUUCACCUUGUACUUAAAUUACUUUAAAUAAGUAAGUUACCAACACUUAAUAAACUUUAGUGAAAAAUCUGUACUUUGCAUUUUAUUUCUUUCUGUUUCCUCUCAUUUCCACUCAAUAGUAUUUUACUUAUAAAUUAGUCUACAAUACAUUGUUAAAUAUGGAGAUUUUCCCAAUUGUCUUCCUUUUCCAUUGACUCUCUCCCUCUUAUUUGUCCAUAUAUUGCUCUCUGUUAUAGAUCAUGGCCUUAAAGUAAUGUUAAUUUUAUCUCGUAAAAUGUUUUGAAUCAACCAAAAACAGAGGGGUGACAAUUAUUUGCUAUUGUUGAAGCUUUAGCGUGUAAUCAUUCUCAAACUUGGUGGAAUAUGAGCGAAGGUGACAUAAAAGCUCC